CAUCCCUUCAAAGAUACCGCUCAUCAUGUCUCACCUGACUUCCCCACCCCCGCGCGCGCCAACGACCAUGAACACGAUCCUCGAGAACAUCGGGAACACACCCCUCGUUCGACUGAACCGCAUACCACAGUCGGUCGGAAUCUCAUGCGCCAUCUACGCAAAAUGCGAGUUCUUCAACGCAGGAGGCAGUGUCAAGGACCGCAUCGCACUGCGCAUGGUCGAGGCAGCAGAAAAAGAAGGUCGCAUCAAGCCUGGCUACAGCGUGCUUAUUGAGCCUACAAGUGGCAACACCGGAAUUGGCCUGGCGCUUGUUGGAGCCGUAAAGGGAUACCGGACAAUCAUUACUCUGCCUGAGAAGAUGAGUACCGAGAAGGUCAGCGUGUUGAAGGCGCUGGGUGCUGAGAUCAUCCGAACACCGUCAGCCGCUGCGUGGGACAGUCCUGAGAGCCAUAUUGGCGUGGCCCGUCGGUUGGAGAAAGAGAUUCCGGGAGGAGUGAUUCUCGAUCAGUACAACAACCCGAACAAUCCUGCGGCGCACGAGUUUGGUACCGCCGCGGAGAUUGUGGAGCAGACGAAUGCUGUUCAGGGUAAGCUGGCCGCUGUGGUGGCCGGAGCUGGUACUGGCGGAACGAUCACUGGUAUUUCUCGGGGUAUUCGCAAGGUGCACGGAGACAAGGUCAAGAUCGUCGCAGCAGAUCCGCAAGGCUCCAUCUUGGCUGUUCCUGCAUCUCUUAACGACGAACACAAGGACAGGCCGUACAAGAUCGAAGGAAUCGGUUACGACUUCAUUCCAGAUGUGCUCUCUCAGAAAGAGGUGGAUGUGUGGUACAAGACGGAUGACCGAGAUUCUUUCUACUGGGCUCGCCGUCUGAUCAGCGAGGAGGGUCUUCUCUGUGGCGGCAGCUCCGGCUCUGCCAUGAGCGCAUGCAUCAAGGCGAUCAAAGACAUGAACUUGACAGAGAACGAUUCAGUUGUUGUCAUCCUCCCUGACAGCAUCCGCAGCUACCUCAGCAAAUUUGUUGACGAUGACU